UUAAAAUAGUGGCGUCACUACGUUUUUUCUUUUUAAAUUCCCUCUGAUCUCACAAGCCUCUUCAUCCUCAUGCUCUCAGUAAUUGACAUCCAAAACUUCACCAAUUAGCCAAGAAUUUCAAAGCCUCUCUCUUCUCUACUGUGAAACUAGUUCAGCAAGCAGCAGAUCUGGAAAUUGUAGAGUUUAUUUUUACAUGAACUAAGAAGCAUGCAAAUGAAAUUGGAUAACACUAGCCAUCCACAAUUAGAUCCCACUAAUUGUAUGGCUUCGUCUAAAGCUUGGUGGCAUGGUGUUAGGAGCAAUGUUGUUUUAUCAGACAUGUUAGAGGAAAGUACGAAAAAUUUGUUGACAUCAAAUUACAUGGAUGAUGGUUGUGGGGGAAAAUCUGGCAAAUCACGAGCAGCUAAUCAUCAAUUUGGCGAGGGAACUGAUGCUUAUAAAGAAAUGCAGUUCACUGCAUUGCCACAAUCAGAUGGAAAAUAUGGUGAAGAACAUCAACAACAACAUCUACAACAUUCUGUAUCCUUCAUGCCUCCACCGAUGGUGGAGUAUCUUGUACCACCUACUCAACUGGAACAUGUUGGCCCUUCACUUGUCCAUUCUUGUUAUCUUGGAGCCUACCCCACUAGAAUGGUGUUGCCCCUUGAAAUGACAGAAGAACCUGUGUAUGUAAAUGCCAAGCAGUAUCAUGGUAUUCUAAGGCGAAGACAAUCGCGUGCUAAAGCUGAGCUGGAAAAGAAACUGAUUAAAGUUAGAAAGUUAGGUUAGCCAUUGUCAUGGCUGGAUGAGUGUAGAUUCAUCACCUCUCCCCUUUCAGCACUGUCCUUUGGUCUAUGUAACCAAUUUUUAGUGGAAAAACUCCAUGCUUCAGUUAAAGAAGCCAUCUAAGAUAACAGUAACACUUGUUAACUUUACCAGGCAAGAGGCCCUUUCUUGUAAUGUAUGUUCUAUUAGAAACAUGAUGAAAGAAUUCAAGAAGCUCUUGAAAUGCUUUAUUGGUAACUAGUUGAAGCUAAAAUGUGUUAAGAAUGGGAAUGGAUUUAUUUCAUCUAUUAUUCAUAAUGUCAUUUCUCUCCUAGAGAAGGAGCUUGUCUUAAAGCCCAAAGGUGGGAUAUACAACUUGCAAAUAAUUAAUAAACUCCCAUGUGAUUUCAAAUUUAGGACAGCCGUGCCGACGGACUAAUAUUUUUAUACCAAGUUGUUAUAAUCUAGAGUCAUGGAUCGCAUCACGAAAUGAUUGAUGAGGAAGGAGUACAGUUUUUAAUACCUUAGACUCGUUAAUUAAGAGAGAGUCUUAAAUCUUAAUGUUUUUAUGAUUAAUCUACUUGUUUUAUGGAAUAAAAAUAAACUCCUUAAAGAUGGAAGUUCAUACAACCAUAGUACUUCUAAUUAGAGUAGAAAUUUAAUGCAAAUAAUUAUUAGAUAAGAAACUACCAAGAUAAGAAAAUAGAAAUCUAAUAACAAAUUAUUAAGAUAAGAUAAUAGAGAUAAGAAGUUAUUAGAUAAACACAAUCUAUUCAUUGCAGAUAAAAUAUAAGCUUAGUUGAUACUCUAUUUAAGAAUGGAUUUGGUCUAUCAAUUACCCAUAAUAUGUUUCAAAGGAGUGCCUUUAUCUACAUAUCAGUAAUGUAUAUGCAUGAUCGAG